CGUAUGUCCUUUAUCAAAGCCUCUCAUCAUUUUGAUUGUCAUUUGUCACUUCGGUUCGCGCUUCGGAUUUGAAAAACCACCAAAAUGUCCGCAGCGAAAUCGAUCUCCCGAAAACGAGGCUUCGCCUCUGAACUCACGAAGUCGGAUUCGAAUCGAGUGGUGGACGAUUUCGAUCUGGAUCUCUCCAGUGACUUGAAAGGCAUAAUGUCGGCGCUUCAGCAGAUAAAAGAGAAAGCGCAACAUGACGAUCGAAAGAAGAAAGAGGAAACAAUUUCUAGUGUGGCCUCGGAAAUCAGGUCUAAGAUUGAUGAAUUGAAGUUGAAACUAGAGAAGGAUAGACAAGGUUUUGCUAAGGCACUUUCCAAGAACUCCAAAGAGUGCGAGAGUCGAUUAAAGAAUGAGACUACAAAGUUUCAAGGGGUUUAUGAGAAAUUCUGCAAGGAAAGAGAUGCCCAUCUUCAGGUCUUAAAAGAUACUAUUUCCAAAUUUGAGGAAGACAAGGAAAGGCUGUUCACGCGCUAUGAACAACUGAGGAAGAAAGAAAAGAGUUUAAUAUCGGAUCAAGAGAAAUAUUGUGCUGAUAAAAUUGCUAAGUUGGAGGAGUCCUUGAAAAAGAAGAAGCAGAUUUUGCUAUUUGGCAAACAGGAUGACAAAACUUUCAGCCUUUUGAGGAAAACUCUUGGUUCAUUUCUUGAGGAUGCCUCAGACGAGGACUUCCCCCCUGAUGAUUGAAGAUUUGCUUCAAAAUAGAUCGCUCAAAACAUCUAACUACCAACAUUUUUAAUCUUUAAGGGAGUAGCUUAUAGUAUGUUGUCUCUGAGAAACUCCAAUGCAUUGGUUACAUGGAAACGGAAGGGUUUCAUAGUCAUUUGUAGGUUCUUCUUCUCAACUUUCGAAUAACCAUUUUCAAAAUCAUUUUUCUCAACUCGUCUGAAACUGAUGUGAAGACUGUAGAAAGAAAACUUUAGGUAUGCUAGGAAUGUAAAUGCUCUUAGAAAAUCAAUUUUCAAGCUUAAAAUAAAACGUGUUAUUGAUCUUAAACCAAUGCACAUUUUUCUUGACUA